AUGAGCAAGCAGUAUCAAUUUGGCUUGUAUGAAAAUACCAUGAAAGGACAACUCAGGGAUUACGAAACGCAUUCAGACGUUUCUUGCAAAAUCGGAUAUAGCGACUCGGAAUCGGAAGGAGUGGCGUCUAUUAAAGAUGUACCAUAUUAUGCAUACAGCUAUAAUUUGAAGAAUUCUAAAAAAGAGAAAUUAGAAAAACCCGUAUGGAAAAGUAUCUAUGACAUUGAAGAGACAACCAAAAAUUCGUUUUCCGAUUAUGAGUACAACAAGAAUGAACAGCGUGACAGUGAAGUGGAGUCCCCAAGGUUUGGAAACACGUCCGAGGAGGAAGACACAGAGGAGGAGCUCCAUCAGAAUGGGGAAAAACAAUCAUAUGCGGAAGAUGAAGACAAUGAGGAAGGUGUCCAAUUUGGAAAAAUGGGAAAAGGGACUCUGAUGAGAAAAGCCAACCAAAUGGAGGACAGUGAAGAAGAUGACUGGGGACAGGAACAAAGGGAGGCGGCCAGUCAUCCUCAAAAUGUGUAUUCACUCAUGAAAGGAGAUGGUAAAAUAGGAGCACUUCCUUUUAAGGAACCAUUAGGGCGCAUUUUCAAUGAAGGUGCACACAUUUCCAACCAUCUAAGUUAUAACUUUAGAAAAGAAUUUGAAAAAAAUAUGUACAACAAUUUGAGUGCCUUUAACAAUGCCCAUAAUAAAUAUUCUGUCGACGAUGGUGAUGAUGCGUCCAGACAUUUCCUCAAGCCCAAGACAUUUAAGGACAGCAACGGGUUAUUUGAGGACUUGGGUGAGGAGAACCUGGACAUAGGGUUUUUGAAAAAGGAGCAUGAGAAGCUAAUGAAAGGGGCGGGGUUGGUGAAGGCGCAACAGGUUGGUAACACGGCGAACGGGAUAAAUGUGGGGAAAAGGCCAAAUGACUAUCCCACCCGAGGAGAGUCCCUCCACAAUUCCCAUACUGCCAAACAGAGUAAUAAAAAAAAUGUGUGCAAAUUGAAAAAAAAAGAAAACACACACCAGUAUGCUGUAAACAGUGUUGAUAAAAAUUCCUCAUUAUCGUCCGGGAACAGCACUUCAGAUACGUAUGAACAGGAUUGUGCCGGCACCAGGAAGGUCCACUUUAAGAGCGACGAAAUGGGCAAAGAGGGUGAUGCACAUUGGGGAAGCUCUGUGGGCGCAGAACAGGACGAUGACGAGGAAGAGGAGGACGACGACAUAAACGACGAUGCACAUGAAGAGGACGAAGAAGCAGAAGAGGAAAAAUCGGAAGAAGGGGAGCAGGACACGGAACAGGUGACUGACGAGAUGGACAACGGAACGGAUGAUAGCCUGGUACACACCGCCGAUCCUCCAGCGUCGAAAAAACAAGGAGGACAUGCUAACAUGAGAGGGGACAAUAAUGCCCCCAAUAAAUACACUGAGGAAGGACACGAGCCACAAGAGAAGAAAACGGGGUCCAUGCUGAAGCGAAGCGGCGCGCAAGGAGAGAACAAAGCAUUGACAGGGCAACAAGACGCAGACAGCAUCAAUGAGCAGAUUGCGAAAGAAAUGAAUUUUGAGUGGUGGAAGGUUAACGAAAAAACGAGCAGUCCAAACGACAUAGAAAAAUCACAGGAGGGACGUGAGAAUAGGGGAAGGAUAUUAAAUCGUUAUGAAAUACCAAAGGAUAUCUCCUAUUAUGUGCAAAGGUAUCAAAGGAGAAAGGAAGGAAAUAAUGCAGAUCUUAGUGAUGAGCCAAAGAAGGAUGGCCAAGAGGGGAUAGAGGAGUCAACUGAGGAGGACUCUAUGGAUGGGCAGACUAACCCUAGUGGUUACAUCAGUAAAGAGGACUUCAACGUAGAGGACAUGAACCCUAAGAACAUCGAGAAGGUUAAUAAUUCCCCAUUUUUAUGUGAACAAAUGGGCGCAGUACACAAUGCAGGAGAUGCUGAUGAUACGGGAGAACCAGUCGGAGAGGCGCAGCAAAAUGGACACGUCUUUACCCAAGGGAGCUCUGCGGCCUAUUCCCCAAGUGAUGGUAUCAACACGUUCAUGCAUAAUGACCAAGUGGAAGGUGUAUUUGAAGUUUUUAAUCAAACGAAGGAACAUUACUCUAAUAAAUGUAGCACAAAAGGGAAUGAAGUACAUACAGGUGUUGACAUUGGAGGGGGGGGUACACCAGUUGAUUAUUGUUUUUAUAAUGAAAAGACGGGGGACAGAAAUCUUUUGAACGCAUCACCAAAGGACAGUGUGGACAGGAAUAAACACUCAGUGGAUGGUACCUCUCCCCCCAUGGACGAAAUAUAUGAUAAAAUAAACGCCCAUUUUGGUAUAAGUAAGAACAGAAAUAAUUACAUGCAAAUUAUGGCGGAGGGUGUUCAUAGUGGUCAUAAACAUAUUCGUACAAAUUCUGAAGGAUUACACAAUGGGCCAUUUUUGGAAGGAAACAAAAACGAAAAAAUUGAUAUUUUUUUAAACUACUUAAAAUGCAUUGAUGGGGAUUCAUUAAAUAAGGCCUUCCAAUACUUCGUCGAGAAAGAGAAUGACGCGAGUGUGAGGAGGCAACUGGAGAUAUGCUUAAUGGGGAAGGAAAAGGAGGGGACAGCGAAUAAAGGCACACUGACUGAUGCGCAAACAAGUACCCUCGUGUUGAGCAAUCAAAACACGCAAACAGUUAGCGCCAGUUUAAAAAAUGAACAAGUGCAGACGAACAGUAGGGGAGGAAACAUGGAGGACAAUUUUAUGCAAACCGAUAUAAAGGAUGUUAACACAAAAUUGUAUGUUAAGAAUGAGAUGAUAAACAAAAAGACAAGUGUGGAUUCGAUUUUUUUUAAAAGUUUAAGCAGGGAUGGAACAUUCACCCCCAAGGAUAGGGCCCAAAGUGGGGCUGUAAAUGGUGAAGACGUUUCACGGUUAGACCUAAUCGAAGCAAACAGAGAGCAGGAACCUCCUCACGACUCGCACAUAUUUGUGGAUGAUAAUAUAAAUGGGGACGAAUACAAUGAACUGAAAAAGAUCAACGAAUUGAAGGAAAAAAUUUUAGAAAAAAUUAAAACCUGUUAUGAUAACAUGAGCGAAAAUAAUGAAGAGCAGGCGGCCAUCCUGAUGCUGCAUGAUAGGAAGGAACACAAUCACAUGGACAGCUCCAACGGGAUGGAUAAAAGCAGCAAUGGUUAUGCUGAGCGAGGGAACAAUUGCAGUUCUAAGGGGAAGAUAAAAAAGAAAAAAAGCAAAGGUAUCCUUACGAUGGAAACAUUCGAGUCUAUGAAAUCCUUCGAAAAAGAAAUGAAGUUGUUAAAAUCGCAUAACGAAAGGUUAAGAAGGAGAAUUGAGAAACUACAUGGAGAAAAGGAAAGGCUAAAAAGUGACUAUGCUAAGAUGGAAAAAAUUAAGGAAAGCCAAGAUAGCCUUUUUCUGGCGACAGAAAAACACAUAGAAAAGUUACAUGACCAGUUGGAUACUCUGUCCAGGCAGAACCAAAACAUGCAGGGAGAUUUGAAGCAGAAAGAUAUUCAGAUUAUAGCCCUGGAAUCACAAAUUGAUUUAGAUGAUACACCUAGGAAGAAUAAUCGAGGUCAUGACUCUAUUGAAGAAUUUGUAGAACAAACAAUAUGCACACCAAGCGGAGAUAUGACAAAGGAUAAGCAUCCCUUGCUCGAUCUGAACAGUCAGUUAGACAAUUUCAAAGGACAAAUAAAAGAUAAAAAAAUAAUAAAGGAACAAAUACACCAGCUGCAAAACCAACUGUACACUUUAAAGGAUGAUAUUAAAAUGAUGGAAUCUCUAAGAAUGGAAAAUGAGAAACUGAAAAAAUUGUUAAGUAAAAAAAAUUCCAAACAUAAUGAGUAUGAAAAGAGCAUAAAUAAGCUGGAGGAAAAUAUUGGAAUGUUGAAGGAUCGAAAUUUUGACUUGAGUAAAGAAAACACAAAUUUGUGUGCAAAUGUGAUGGCCCUAUCACGUUGCGAUGAGGAGAUAAUUGAUCACUUCGACCCGGCGCAAAAGGGCACUCGUUCAGGUGGAGAACAACCACAAAAUGGACAAGCAAUAAAAGAUUUAGAAGCACAUGUUGAUAGGUUGAAGCAGCAAAUUUUUGACCUAAAUGAAGAGAUUUUCGACUUGAGGCAAAAGAAUGUGCAACUGAAAAAAUCGGCCAUGGGGCGCAGCAGUGAAGACAUACAAACGGUACAAGCGGAGGUGGAGAAAAUAUAUGUUGACAAAAUUAACUUUCUAAAAGGCAAGCUAGAAGAAAGUAAGACAAAAAUUAACAUGCUUAACGUAUUGCUCAAAACGUCCAACAGUCAAACUACUCAGUUGAAUAAAAAGGUCAGAACUAUACUAAGGGAAAAUAAAGCCUGGCAGAAAAAAUAUGAAAAAUGUCUCACCUACUUGGAGAAGCUUAAGGGGAAAUACGACGAGGAUGUUUUAAAAGUGCAGCGAGGAAAGUCCCCAUUCGUUUUGGGUGCAUCACCUCAGUGUAGGGGGGACGGUUGGCUCAAGGAAUCAAGCGGACAGGAUGCUCUUAACGCAGAUGGUGGAAUAAAAGAAAAUCGUCUAAAGUCACUCCAAGAAGAAAUUUACACAACUAAGGAAGCUCCUCUUGAAGACGAAAAAAAUGGGGAAAUGGAACUUGUUAAUAGCGCACGCAGGGACGGUGUAUCCCCAGGACGGAUGGAUAGUCGCAUGAGAGGAAGCUUGAAUCGAACACAUGCAGACAAAGAAGACUCCAAUGAGGGUAAGUCCUACAAAGUUUCAAAACUGAACGGUGCAGAAUCCGAUAGGAACGUUUUCUUCCCCCUUGGUGAAAACUCAAAUGCCAGGUUCAAUUUUGAUCACAACGAAAACAAUGACGUGAACAUAAAUAACAUUUUCGAAAUUGAUAACAUCACGAAGGAUAUCCAUCGCUUAUUCUCCGAUAAUGAGGACAGUGUGAAGGGGAAGGGAAAAGAAGGGUUUUACUUAAGUGAAAGGGAGGGGCAGAAUUACGCUGAAAAGGUUAAGACGGGGGAAGAUAGGAGCACAACGGAGGGAAUCUUAAAGAGUAUAGAAAAAAUACACGUAGCGCAUAGGAUAAAGCAAAUGAACGAAGAUAUGCAUAAAUAUAUAAUUCAAAGGAAAGAACAAGUGGACAAUUUGUAUGAUAGAAAUUUAGUAUAUCAGGGAAAUCCUCAUAGCAAGGGAAACAUGCAAGGAGGUCGCUUAGAGGAAGGUCACACUAAAUUGGUGCUCAAGGGGGAGGAAGACUUGAAUGACGUCACACAGGUGGAUUACGCCACAAGGGACCAAGUGUAUAAUCCAUAUGAAAUGCCACAGUUGGCUCAAAGGAGCGCGCGGGGUUUCACAAAUUCAUCAGACCACUCGGUGCAAAAGAACGAAAACAAUUUGAGAAGCGUGUUCAGGUACAAAAUAGAUGGUGAGGGGGAAGAUGUGCAGAUAGGCAACUCCAUUGGGGGCGAUCACCCACAAAGUCAGCGUGAAACAGUAAGCAGGAUGGCCAACGUGCAGCAAAGCGGCAUAAAGGAAUUGAGCACCAUCAAAUGUGGUGAGCAGCUCAUGGAGGACAUUUACACUAAGGCAGAUGCGAAUAAGUUUCCAACCCUAGGUAGAGAUAUCAACCUAGUAGAUGAAAAGAAUGCGAUGAACAACCAUGUGAAUGCUUUGAGGUAUAAUCCGUAUGAUUAUAAAAACAUGGAAGGUGGCACCACCGCAUAUGCAAACAGGUGGGAUACUUCAAUAGAAGACAGAAUGAAUUAUCCCCAUAGGAUCGAUGAGCCAAGGGUUGAAACAAACGGACAGGAUGCAAAUGCACAAAAGAAGAAGUCACACGCAUGGAUAAUCGACUUCAAAAAUAAUGAAGUGUUCCCGUAUGUGAAGUUACAGAAUACGCUCCUAACGGAUGAGGAGACAUACGUGAAUUCAGAAGGGGGUCACAGAACUGGUCAGAAUAAGGCCCCAAGAAAAGGCCAUGCUGUUCCGAAAGGUGCGAAGAAGAAGGUGAAGGCAGCAACGCACACUCAGCGGGAAGUAAAGAAGUAUGGUGAAAAUAACCGCAUGAAUAAACACACAAAUUUUAGGACAUUCCUGCACGAGCAGAAAUGCACAAAGGGACAGUCCACCAAAAAGGUGAAGAGUAAAGAAAAGCUACACCUGCUGGUUAAUAACAUCUCUGAGCUAGUUAAGAACAAAAUACAGGAGGAACUAAACAAUAAAAACAUUUCGAAGGACAUACUAAACUUUGAGAUUACAAAAAUAAAAAAAAAAUCAAAUAGGUCAAAGGACAGCUUGAAUAAUAAACGACAGGAUACCACCAUCAUUUUGAGCAACGAUUCCAUGUCCCCUUCGUCCGAAACGCUUAAUGGCUCCUUGGAGGUGGAAGACGGUUACCAGAAGAGCGUAAAUUGGCAGAAUGAGAAUGCGGCGUCUUCAGCGAAUGGAAAGGGUAUACGCAUGCAUGCAAGCACGAAUUACACAGGCAGCUCCAUGGAUACCAAUGUGGGAACUAUUGGGGUAGAAGGCACCAGAGAAAUGUGCGCAACGCGUCGUACAAAUGGUUCAGAUAGAGUAAAUGCAUCGAGGCAGAUAAGCCAUAAGUACAACGAGAGUGAUUUGUUUACGCGUGAAAAGAACUCGCCCUUAGUAAGCAAAGGAGACUACCUAUAUGACGAUUUACUGUCCACCAAUUUCAUGUUAAAUAAUAUCAGCCUGAACAAUGCUACAUCUUUAGGUCCAAACUUUAUUGGUGUCGAACAAGCUGUUCCACCCGAGUUGGUCCUUCCCAACAGUUAUUCAGAUAAUAUGAACUUAUAUGCACAGGCGUAUAGAAAUAAAAAUUUCCAGUUGGGUCAGAAUAGCUAUAUGGGGGUGAACCCUUCGAGCAGUGGGAACCACGGUGCAUUCACUGCCCAACCGUUUGACUGUAACCAUGUUCACGCGGAGAAGACGACAAAUAUGAAUGAGGUCCAAAUUAAUCCCAAUUUAAAUAUGAACAUGGGUAUGAUUCAUAACGGGGUAGGAGGGGAUAUGACAGCACAUGCAUCAUACUAUGGAGUGAAUACAAGCGGCGAAAAUGUGAAGACAGGAUGGGGUGUAAAUACGAUAAGUGGUGAUUACCAAGGUGUGGGAAGUGUAGCGGUAGGUGCGAUGUACCCCCCCGCUGCUAACUACCCCACAAACGACAACACAAUUUUCCAAGUGGAGAAGCUGAACAGCUCCUACUUGUUCGACAUAAACUCUCUGAGGCCAGAUGCGAACCCUCCAUUUUAUGAUCACGCUUUUGUAAAUUACAACCAGGUGGAUAGAAGCAGUGUGAAGGAGGGGCAUAAGGAAUGCGCAUUAGGCAGCAGCGCAAGCCGAAAUAGCAGUCAGUUGCCCCCCCCCAAGUGCAACAAAGCCAUAACACAUAGUCAAGCGGAAGGAGAUGAUAAACCCUGCGAAGAGAAUGACCCGAACAACACCAAUGAUAAGAAUGAGAGCGGAAAGAUAAAAGAAUAUUUGCGAGACAACCAAAAGGGGGGCCUCAAAAAUACUAGGAGGUCAAAAUCGUGGGACGUGCAAAAGGUAGGGGUCAGAAACAGCUUAACUAAUGACACGCUAUCAGCGAAGCCAAAAAUGAAGACACAGAUAUUCAACUACAGCGGAAAUAAAAAUAAUGGACUCAGAGAUAUGUCAACAUAUGCUGAUAAAGUUCUUGAGGACAUGAAGUCGCUCAUCCCGUCGAAUGUUAGCAGCAUAAUUGAGAAAUCGCCGAGUGGGGCAAAGGCCAGUGGUAGUGUGAAUGAAGUGCUUCCUAUUAAGUGCAAUUCUAAUGCGAAGGCGACCCAGAGUAAGAAUCCCAAAAUGGGUGAUGAAGGUAGGGUAGACAUAUUGGGCAAAGAAAAUGAUAAACUGAGCUGCCGCCACGGACAAGAGAGGGGCAUUAUUAAAGGUAGUUCUUCUGCAGAGGCCAAUAUGGACGGUACGACCAGGACGUCUGAUUUGAGCCAUACGUCACAGGACACCAUUCCAUCAUUCCGAGCGAAGGAACAAGAAAGGGAAAACGGUGUAGUGAAGUACAACGUGGAAGACAACGUGGAACAGAACGGACAUAUGACAGGAGUACACACAUCGAAUGAUGCGCAAAGGCAUGAUUAUUUCUUAGGGCGGGUAAAUAAUGAGGAGGUCAUGUUAGGCAAGCACUAUUCUCGUGAUGGAUCGCAAGGGAAAAACAUCACUUCAUUGGAAGAAAAGAAUAUUGAUGAACAUGCAAAAUUAAAUGCCCAUUUAGGUAGUAACAUGGGUGACAUAACCUUCGCUGAAAUUGGGGACCUUCCAUUCAACACAUUUGGGUUGGAUAAUAUGCUAAAGGGGAUCCACUUAAACAGUUACGCAAAUAACGGCAGCAAUGUGUUUGAUAAUGCCUUAAUUGCCAACCCUAGUUUUACAGAAAACGGCUUAACGUAUAAAAGCCGUACGGAAGAAAAUCAUCAAUUUCAGUCUGAAACUCGUAAGAGCUUAAGUAGCUUCCGAGAAGCUUUAAAAAAACAAGGCAUUUUGGGUUAG